AUGCUCUUGACUUGGAACAAAUUACAUGAUCUUGACUUGGAACAAGCUCUAACAUCCGUUGAAUUACAUACUCUUGACUUGGAACAAGCUCUAACAUCCACUGAAUUACAUGCUCUUGACUUGGAACAAGCUCUUACAUCCGCUGAAUUACAUACUCUUGAUUUUGAACAAGCUCUGACAUCCACUGAAUUACAUGCUCUUGACUUGGAACAAGCUCUGACAUCCACUGAAUUACAUGCUCUUGACUUGGAACAAGCUCUGACAUCCACUGAAUUACAUGCUCUUGACUUGGAACAAGCUCUGACAUCCACUGAAUUACAUGCUCUUGACUUGGAACAAGCUCUGACAACCACUGAAUUACAUGCUCUUGACUUGGAACAAGCUCUGACAUCCACUGAAUUACAUGCUCUUGACUUGGAACAAGCUCUGACAUCCACUGAAUUACAUGCUCUUGACUUGGAACAAGCUCUAACAACAACUGAAUUACAUGCUCUUGACUUGGAACAAGCUCUAACAACCACUGAAUUACAUGCUCUUGACUUGGAACAAGCUCUGACAUCCACUGAAUUACAUGCUCUUGACUUGGAACAAGCUCUAACAACCACUGAAUUACAUGCUCUUGACUUGGAACAAGCUCUAACAACCACUGAAUUACAUGCUCUUGACUUGGAACAAGCUCUGACAUCCACUGAAUUACAUGCUCUUGACUUGGAACAAGCUCUAACAACCACUGAAUUACAUGCUCUUGACUUGGAACAAGCUCUGACAUCCACUGAAUUACAUGCUCUUGACUUGGAACAAGCUCUGACAUCCACUGAAUUACAUGCUCUUGACUUGGAACAAGCUCUAACAACCACUGAAUUACAUGCUCUUGACUUGGAACAAGCUCUAACAUCCACUGAAUUACAUGCUCUUGACUUGGAACAAGCUCUAACAACCACUGAAUUACAUGCUCUUGAAUUGGAACAAGCUCUAACAUCCACUGAAUUACAUGCUCUUGACUUGGAACAAGCUCUAACAACCACUGAAUUACAUGCUCUUGACUUGGAACAAGCUCUGACAUCCACUGAAUUACAUGCUCUUGACUUCGAACAAGCUCUGACAUCCACUGAAUUACAUGCUCUUGACUUGGAACAAGCUCUAACAUCCACUGAAUUACAUGCUCUUGACUUGGAACAAGCUCUAACAACCACUGAAUUACAUGCUCUUGACUUGGAACAAGCUCUAACAUCCACUGAAUUACAUGCUCUUGACUUGGAACAAGCUCCGACUCAUAAAGAAUGUAGAGGGGUUAAACAUGAAUAUACCUGUUCUUCUACCUACACAGCUACUUUUGCAUAG